GUCACUGUGUUGAGUGUCUGAAGCCGUUGGCUUCGAACCGCCUGGCGUUGUAUCUUAUCUAUUAGCGUUAAAAUGUUAAUUAAUUUCCUUGAUAUAUCAAUUUUGCAAUCUUUGGAAAGAGAUAACAUGGUUUAGCUUUAACACGUGGAUUACAGCGGAAGCCAUCUAUCAAAAGAUUUCAGACAAAGUAGGUAGCUAGCUACUGGAUUAUGGGGACACAUUUUGAAAGAGCAGCUAACUAGCCUUGCUAGCUAACCAGCACCGUUCAUAUAAGAACGAAUCUUGUUUUUUUUGUUUUGUUGUUGGAACACAGGAAUAAAUGCAAAAUAUUGCGACCACUUUUUAAAGAUUGCGGAGUUCCUCCUCUGGACGGUGGAGCAAUGAGCUUCUGAAAGACACUUGAUCACAUGGCUCCCAUUCCCUUCGCUGACCCCAUGGUUUGACCACCACGAUUAAAAAUGAGCAUUAGCAGUGAUGAGGUCAACUUCCUGGUGUACAGAUACCUGCAAGAGUCAGGCUUCUCCCACUCGGCGUUCACCUUUGGCAUAGAAAGCCACAUCAGCCAGUCCAAUAUCAACGGAGCCCUGGUUCCCCCUGCUGCCCUCAUCUCCAUCAUCCAGAAGGGCCUGCAGUACGUGGAGGCAGAAGUCAGCAUCAAUGAGGAUGGCACUCUGUUUGACGGGCGGCCCAUCGAGUCGCUGUCUCUGAUUGACGCUGUGAUGCCCGAUGUGGUGCAGACACGGCAGCAGGCCUACCGGGAAAAGCUGGCCCAUCAGCAGGCAGCUGGGGCUGGCAGCGCCAGUGGCACCCAGGGCCCCCAGCCCAGCGGCACCAAGAACGGAGAGGGUGGAACCGCUGCCAACGGCGAGGAGAAUGGUGCCCACGCCUUAGCAAACCACCAUGCAGACAUGAUGGAGGUGGACGGGGACGUUGAGAUUCCCCAGAACAAGGCCAUGGUGCUGCGUGGCCACGAGUCCGAGGUGUUCAUCUGUGCCUGGAACCCCGUCAAUGACCUGCUCGCCUCAGGGUCUGGGGAUUCAACGGCGCGGAUCUGGAACCUGAGUGAGAACAGCACAGGCAGCUCCACCCAGCUGGUGCUGAGACACUGCAUACGGGAGGGGGGUCAGGACGUACCCAGCAACAAAGACGUCACCUCACUGGACUGGAAUAGUGAGGGUACGCUCCUAGCCACAGGCUCAUACGAUGGCUUUGCCAGAAUAUGGACUAAAGACGGUAACCUCGCCAGUACCUUGGGCCAGCACAAAGGUCCUAUAUUUGCCCUCAAAUGGAAUAAGAAAGGCAACUUUAUCCUCAGUGCAGGAGUAGAUAAGACCACGAUCAUUUGGGAUGCUCACACAGGGGAGGCCAAGCAGCAAUUUCCCUUUCACUCAGCGCCGGCCCUGGACGUGGACUGGCAGAGCAACAACACGUUUGCCUCCUGCAGCACGGACAUGUGCAUCCAUGUGUGUAAGCUGGGCCAGGACCGGCCAGUCAAGACCUUCCAGGGACACACGAAUGAAGUGAACGCAAUCAAGUGGGAUCCUACGGGGAGUCUGCUGGCCUCCUGCUCCGACGACAUGACACUCAAGAUCUGGAGUAUGAAGCAGGACUCGUGUGUCCACGACCUGCAGGCCCACAGUAAGGAGAUCUACACCAUCAAGUGGAGCCCCACGGGGCCCGGGACCAACAACCCCAAUGCCAAUCUGAUGCUGGCCAGUGCGUCGUUUGACUCGACUGUGCGCCUGUGGGACGUGGAGCGCGGCGUGUGCAUCCACACGCUCACCCGCCACCAAGAGCCCGUCUACAGUGUGGCCUUCAGCCCCGACGGGCGCCACCUAGCCAGCGGCUCCUUCGACAAGUGUGUCCACAUCUGGAACACACAGACGGGUGCUUUAGUUCACAGCUACAGGGGAACAGGGGGCAUCUUCGAGGUGUGCUGGAACGCUACGGGGGACAAAGUGGGAGCCAGCGCGUCAGAUGGAUCAGUUUGUGUAUUAGACCUGAGGAAAUGACGCUCGUUUGGGGAGCCAUGGACCGACUACGAAUGUGUACAUAGCCAAAAUGACUGUCCCAGCCUGUCGUCUACACUGCUGUAGUCCCAUCAGAAGCCAUGGCCCGUCAUCACAACCACCACCACCAUUACCAUCACAGCCAAACAGAGCACCCCAACACCCCCAUAAACACACAGACUACCCCUCCAGAGAAGAGGUCAAACUAACCCCCAGCAAAGGGGAUCUGGACUUCCCUCAAGUCAGACUCAGACCCACAGGAGAGAAAAAGGACUAUAUUAUGGUCACCGAGACAAAAAUCAUAUUGAAGAGAAGAGGACCCAUUGCAUACAUACCAAAAUAUCUGCAAUUUGUUUUGUUUAUUUAUUUUCUAUUCUUUAUACCAGAAAUGAGAAAUGUUAAGCUUUUGUCCCCCCCACGUCGUUGGUGUGUGCAUAUUGUACAUGUCCACAUUUUUUGUCGUCCUGUGGCCAUUUAUUUUGCUUUAGGUUUGUGUUACAUGUCGAGAGAGGUAAGGUCAGUAGGAUUUUUUUCUUAAAUUUGGGUUUCAAACUGAUAUUGGGAGAAAUCGUUCAUUUUGGCACUGUCCAUGUGUGUUUUUGUGGUUCAAAAAUACAUUGAACAACAAAUAUAUAUUUAUAAAGUUGAAAUGGUUUCAUUUGUUUUCAAUUCAAAACUUCAAACGAUUCAAUUCAACGCUUUUUUUUCAGUUUGCCAAAAUCCUUUUAUUAAACAUUUCUGGGAGCGCAGUUAGUGGGGAUUAAAGGUGCCAUAUGCAUACUUGUACUUCUUAUUACCUUUUAAAUGGCUUCAGGUGUGCAAAACUGUUUAGCUUAAUAGAUAUCUGAUAAUUCUAAUAAACUCUUGGACUAAAGAUCAUCACUGCAGCUACUAGAAAGCCCCAUCCUCUUACAUUCUAACUACAUGUGAUGUUAGAUUUGAGUGUAAUUGAUUGGUUAGGGGAAGUUGCAGACACUGAUCUAAGGUCAGUUUGGCGUUUUCUCCCGUAAUGGCUAUGGCUAGGAUUGGGGGAGGGUAAGCUGAUCCUCGAUCUGUGUCUCCAGGGAGCUUUUAGCCAGAACAUAGUGCUUUGGGUAGCUCAUGAAUGACAGGACAACCCACAUGCAAAGCCACAAUGUCCUAAAGGCGGGUUGUGUUCAGUAGGACACUAAGUAGCAACAAGUUUUACAAUGGAAAACAAGUGUUUCACUUUGGAACCGUUCAAUUAGAACCUCCACGUUUCAGAACGAUUUCUCCCUAUUGAACACGCUCCAUGUAUCCUGAUUGGUUGAUAGAGGACUUUACCAUUAACAUCUGAGCUGUGCUAUUCACAAUAUGUUGUACCUCCACAGUCCAUCGUGUGCUAAGCUAACAAAUGCUAAAUGAUAAUCAGACUAAGCCAUCACUAAGUUUUUUUUUUUGCUUUGUUUUGUUGACCGGUCUUGCUUGGUAAUUAAUCUGGACAUACUGUAGCUGUCUUGAUUUCAGCAGUAACACUUGCAUAGAGUGGCGUGUACUGUACAUAGGACCUUCAUAGCACCUACAUAAGUAUUACGCCGGCCCUUUCAAAUGUCGGCAGUCAGUUUCAACCAUGCUUCCUUCAAUCGACAACCAACUCUUAUCACAUUUGAAAUGUUACCGCUGGGCAACCUUAUUGCAAUUUGUCAUGUUGAACAAAAUGUUUAUGAUUGUCAUUGACUGUUGAUGUCUGGGAUCUAGUGAUGUUUAUGUCGAUGUCUUCAGGUGUCAUGUUUAGGUGGUUGACUCCGAUGUCAAAGUUAGCCGGUAGUUUUCGGACCUGAAAGUGGUGGCGUCCGCAUGCUUCAGUUUGGCUGGCGGCUAGGCGAACUGCUCGUAUACUUCCUUAAAAGACCUUUACUUGAAAAAUUUGAAACAAGCGGCAAUAGUACUGUUUGUCUAUUUUGAGACACCGUAGCCAGUGUCUCAAAAUAAUCCAAAUGAAUCUAAAAUAACUCAGGAUUUAGUUAUUUUUUGUUUAACUAGGCAAAUCAGUUAAGAACAAAUUCUUAUUUUCAAUGACGGCCUAGGAACUGCCUUGUUCAGGAGCAGAACGACAGAUUUUU